ACGAAAGGGCGAGGCGCCGGGGAGGGAGCGACUCAGACGAUGGCCGGGGAGGCCUCUCCGGCCAGGCGGGCUUUGAAACUACGCGGAGCCCCGACCUUGGCCGAGCUGGUGGGGAAUUAGUGGAGCCCAAGUCCAACUAAAUUCUGGAGGACUCCAGGAAGUUUAUUGGGACUUUGCUGGAAAUUCACCGCAGGCGGCUUGCUCUGAAGCUCUUCCUCACAGGAAAUCCUUGGAAUUGUGGAAUUGGAUGAGGAUGCUUUUCUGAAGACCGUAAAAACCCACAGGAUAGGUAGAGUCGGGGUUGGGCAGAAUUCCAGCUCUUCCCAUCAACCCCUUUCCAAGGCUGAAGGGAAGGCGACGGAAGACCUCCUUUGGGAUGUGAGAGAGAAACAACCCCCUCCCCCCCCUUCUCCGAUUGCCCUGCAGGGUUGUGGCCAUGCCUCCUGGGAAGACGGGGGAGAAAGAGACUUUGGUCCUGCAGUGUGAAUGGGAACUCUGCAGCUUUGUUGCCUCGAAGAUGGAAGAGUUUUGCGAACACGUUUCGCAGCACCUGCAGCAGCAUCUCCAGGGCAAGGAGGAGGAGCAUGAGAUGGAUUCUCUUGAAGAAUAUGCUUGCCUCUGGCAGGAGUGCGGCUUCUGUUCUCCCGAGAGCCCUGCAGAGCUCGUCCGCCAUGUUUACUUCCACUGUUACCACACCAAGCUGAAGCAGUGGGGACUCCAUGCCUUACGGAGCCAGUCUGACCUGACCGCCUGCCAGCUGGAUUUCCAGAGCCGGAACAUUAUCCCCGAGAUCCAAGAGAACUUCCUCUGCCUUUGGGAAUACUGUGAGCGAGCUUUCGAUAACCCUGAGUGGUUCUACAGGCACGUGGAAGACCACAGUUUCUGCGCGGAGUACAAGGCGAUUGGAAAGGAGAUCCACGUGGUCUUCUGUGGCUGGAAAGAGUGCGACUGCACCUUCAAAGGCCGAUGUAAGUUGCGGGAACAUCUGCGCAGCCACACCCAGGAGAAGGUGGUAGCAUGUCCCACCUGUGGUGGCAUGUUCUCCAACAACACCAAGUUCUUUGAUCACAUCCGCCGUCAGACGGCUCUCGAGCAACAGCGAUUCCAAUGCUCUCACUGCUCAAAAAGGUUUGCUACGGAGAGACUGUUGAGGGAUCAUAUGAGGAAUCACGUCAACCACUACAAGUGCCCACUCUGCGACAUGACCUGCCCUCUGCCCUCCUCACUGCGCAACCACAUCCGCUUCAGGCACAGCGAGGAGCGCCCGUACAAGUGCAACUAUUGCGACCACAGCUGUAAGAACCUGAUCGAUCUACGGAAGCACUUGGACACCCAUAGCAAAGAGCCAGCCUACCGCUGUGAGUUCGAAGCCUGCGACUUCAGCGCCCGAUCCCUCUGCUCCAUCAAACUGCACUACAAAAAGGUCCAUGAGGGCGAUUCAGAGCCCAGGUAUAAGUGCCACGUCUGUGACAAAUGUUUCACCCGCGGGAACAACCUGACCGUCCACCUCAGGAAGAAGCACCAGUUCAAGUGGCCGUCAGGUCACCCUCGUUUCAGGUACAAAGAACACGAGGAUGGGUACAUGCGCCUUCAGCUGGUGAGGUACGAAAGCGUGGAACUGACAGAGCAGCUUCUGAAGGACCGGGAGAAGCAGGGAGAGUCGCUGGAUGACGCAGCCCAGUGCGUGGUGCUGGCCGGGUCGGAAGGCGGCUUACAGGGCAUCAUCCUGGACUCGCCCACAGAGGAGCCGACAGAGGCCGAUUUGCCAGCUCCUCUGCCAACCGAGAGCUCCGUCCCGUUGAGUGCCAACGAGUCUCCGGACGGCGAUCCGAGCGCCCCUCCCAGCCCGAUCAUCCGGGUGGUGAAUAGGACCAACGAGCACGGAGAGAGCGAGACAGUUUACUACGUGAUGGCCAACGCCCCCUCGGAGACCCGGGCAGCUGUGCCUAGCGGGCUCGUUCCAGAGCCAGAGGAGAACGUGAUGGACAGGCUGCAGAAGACAGCCGAGGAACUGGGCAUUCAGAUUCUCUGAGGCUACACCCCCCCCCCCCGCGCGUGGCACCCCCGGGGUCUCACCCUGGGUGGACCUUCCGAAUUUGCCAGCGCAAAUCGGAUUGCUUGCCAAAAUGGACUUUCUUGAAACGGAGGUGAGAGCUGGAUGGAAGGCUUCCCACAAGAGAGAAAUACACACACAAACACCCACACACAAGCCCUUUGUUGGCUCCCUUCAACCGAGGAUCUGGUUUGCACAUACCUCAAGUCAGGGGUAAUCUGGUAAGGGAAGCUUUAAGGCAGUUCCUCUGGAAAGGGGCGGACUUGAGACAGAAACUUUGGUGGUUGGGUCAGGCCUCUUGCUUCAGAGCCUCCUGGCCACACGAUGUCUACCUGUCCGUAUUUGAAGAGCUGGCCAUUCCAAGAAGCUAACUUCACCCCCUUGGAAGCCUCGUCCUUUUGAUUCUCACUCCUGGUCGGUCCGACGUGGUGCUGUGCAGACUCUUAAAAUCUCCAUCUCCGUCUCUACGGUUGGUUUGCCCAUCAGCAGCGCCACAAAGCCCCACUCGCAUCCCUCCUCAGAGGGCCUUCUGCCCCAGAUCAUCCCCCAGGGGAAACUCGGGGGGCCCUUCUCCCUCACGGGCCCCUACUCCCAGGGUGUGUGUGACGAGCCCAUUGUCCCGGCUGUUGCUCCAUAAUUCACGGCUGCUUCGCCUUCUUGGCAAAACUCCUUCCUUCGUUGCCCUCGGGGCAGGGAAGUCGUGAAGCAGCAGUUUCCUUCCCACAGUCAUCACACAGCAAGAGAUUGUGUUGUAAUUCCCUCCUGCGUCACGAGGAAGGAGAGAGAGGACAAAAAAGGGAGUUGAUUCUUGCCAGGGGGCAAUCUCCCAUAUUGGGGUCCCAGCUCCUGGGUCACAAAGUUUACGUUGUGUUGACUUUCAGAAAUAAAGA